UUUAUUCCAGAACUAUUAGCUUUAGCUUUGAUAGUUCUUCAAACUGGUCCUCCAAAAGCAAUGAAGGAUAAUCGGAUCACUUUUUAAAUACCCAAAUUGAUAUUUUCAUUCAAAAAUGGUAAAAGCUUGGGUGAGAUAGGAUUGGGAUUCCUUCUUCAGUUCCUUUUUGUUUCUGGUUUCCCAUAUAAAUACGUGAAUCACCCUCCUCCAUGUGUUCUCUUCUAAUCUGCAAAAUUUUGUCAUUCUUAUUAACUGCUCUAACCUCUUCUUAAUGACCCUUAAUAAAAAAAUUCUUUACUUUUGAACUUAAAAGAUUCUAAAGUCUUUCACUUUGAUUAAAGAUUCUCUCUUUAUGUUCAAAGCUUUAAGCUUUUGUUUUUCUUUUUUUUUUUUUUUUAAAUUUUCAGCUCUUUUGAAGGAACCUUAAGGGACAUAGACAUGGAAGUUGUUUUACAAACCAGAUGGCUUCUUUCAUUACCUCCAAAACCAACCAAAGCUAGUAGUCUUUUGAAUCCAUCACAAGGCUUAAAUCAUAGGCUUUUUGCUUCUAAACCUUUAGGCUUUAAUGGGUUAUGUUUGUUUAAUAGAAGAGUUCCAAGUGUUGUAGCAAAACCAAAUGGUGUACCCUUCAUUUGCAAGGCUAAGGCUGCUUCUGCAGCUGAUGGGAAGCAGCCAUUUUUUCAUGAAAAUGAGAAGCCAAAAUUCAUGGGAAUUGAGAUUCUGACACUUAAGAAGAUUAUACCACUUGGGUUAAUGUUCUUUUGUAUACUUUUCAAUUAUACAAUCCUUAGGGAUACAAAGGAUGUCUUGGUUGUAACAGCUAAAGGAAGUAGUGCAGAGAUAAUACCAUUUUUAAAGACAUGGGUUAAUUUGCCAAUGGCUGUUGGGUUCAUGUUGUUAUACACAAAGUUGGCUAAUGUGUUGCCUAAGAAGGCUCUUUUCUACACUGUUAUUGUUCCUUUUAUAGCCUUUUUUGGUGCAUUUGGGUUCCUGUUGUAUCCUCUCAGCAAUUAUAUCCACCCUCAAGCCCUUUCUGAUAAGCUUCUAGCAGUUCUUGGACCAAGGUUUCUUGGUCCUCUUGCAAUUUUGAGGAUUUGGAGUUUUUGUUUGUUCUAUGUCAUGGCUGAACUUUGGGGCAGUGUUGUCAUUUCAGUUCUUUUUUGGGGGUUUGCCAAUCAGAUAACUACUGUUGAGGAAGCAAAAAGAUUCUAUCCACUAUUCGGACUAGGAGCUAAUGUUGCCCUCAUUUUCUCCGGUCGAACUGUUAAGUACUUCUCUAAUUUGAGGAAAAAUCUAGGUCCCGGAGUCGAUGGUUGGGCCAUCUCCUUAAAGGGAAUGAUGAGCAUUGUUGUACUGAUGGGAUUCACUAUCUGUUUCCUUUACUGGUGGGUGAAUAAGUGUGUUCCUCUUCCCACACGUAGCUGGAAGAAGAAGGAAAAGCCUAAAAUGGGAACAAUGGAAAGCUUGAAAUUCUUGGUAUCAUCAAGGUACAUUAGGGAUCUUGCUACUUUGGUGGUUGCAUAUGGUAUUAGCAUCAACCUUGUCGAAGUUACCUGGAAAUCGAAGCUCAAAGCCCAGUUUCCAAGUCCAAAUGAAUACUCCUCCUUCAUGGGUGAUUUCUCAACUGCAACUGGGAUAGCUACAUUCACGAUGAUGCUACUAAGUCAAUUUAUAUUCGACAAAUACGGAUGGGGAGUUGCGGCAAAAAUUACACCUGCUGUCCUGCUUCUGACCGGAGUCGGUUUCUUUUCCUUGAUAUUAUUUGGUGAUCUACUUGGACCAGCCCUUGCAGAGUUCAGCAUGACACCUCUUCUUGCAGCUGUAUAUGUUGGUGCCAUGCAAAAUAUUUUCAGCAAGAGUGCAAAGUACAGUUUAUUUGAUCCAUGCAAAGAAAUGGCCUAUAUUCCUUUAGAUGAAGACACCAAGGUGAAAGGGAAGGCUGCCAUUGAUGUUGUUUGCAAUCCAUUAGGGAAAUCAGGGGGUGCUCUGAUUCAACAGUUUAUGAUCUUGACCUUUGGAUCACUUGCAAAUUCAACCCCAUACCUUGGUGGUAUACUUUUGAUGAUUGUUUUUACAUGGCUAUCAGCAGCCAAGUCUUUGGACACGCAAUUCACCGAAUUGCGUAAGGAAGAAGAGCUCGAAAAGGAGAUGGAAAGAGCAGCUGUUAAUAUCCCCGUCCUGUCUGAACCUAGAAAUGACUCUGUUGCAAAUAGUUCAUUACAAGACCCUGCAUCAGUUGACUCAACAGGAAGUUCAUCUGAAACGUCAACUCCGAGAAAUAUUUAGAAAACAGGAAGACUAAGAAGCUGAUAAGCAGUGAUAGAGAGAAAAAUAAUAGCUAUAAGAGAAAAUGCUUAGUUAGUGUGUCCUGCAGAGAUUGCAUUAGAAUCGGACAUCUAUCAAAACCCCUUUUUGAUCUAAAAA